CAUUCAUCUUCAGAGCCGCUUGAUCCUCACUAGGGUCGCGGGGGGGUGCUGGAGCCUAUCCCAGCUGUCUCCGGGCAGUAGGCGGGGGACACCCUGAACCGGUUGCCAGCCAAUCGCAGGGCACACAGAAACGAACAACCAUUCGCACUCACACUCACACCUAGGGACAAUUUAGAGUGUUUAAUCAGCCUGCCACGCAUGUUUUUGGAAUGUGGGAGGAAACCGGAGCACCCGGAGAAAACCCACGCAGGCCCGGGGAGAACAUGCAAACUCCACACAGGGAGGCCGGAGCUGGAAUCGAACCCGGUACCUCUGCACUGUGAAGCCGACGUGCUAACCACUGGACUACCGGGCUGCCCCCUUUGGACAAAUAGUAAACAAUUAAUAAAAAGUUUGAAACGAUGACUUCAGCGUUUGAAGCUUUGAUGUUGGUCAUAAAGAAGCGUGACUGUGUGUGUGUGUGUCUAUGCGAGUGACAUCCUGUGGUCACCAUUUUCCAGGACCGCUUCAAAAACAGUUAGGCUGAAUUAGGAAGUGGUGUUCGAUAGUGGGUUGAUUUUUGGAUCACAACCAUGGACAGCAGCAUAGACAUGACCAGGAACCACCUCAGGAAGCGGCUGGACCAACUGGGCUACCGACUCCAUUUUGGGAUGGACUCAGUGCCGCUGGUUGCUAAACUCUUCAGGUAAAAUGCUUCUCCCUUCUUCAUUGUCUCAUUUUCACCGUCAACGCAAAUCUUGGAAUUUUCCACAAAAAUAGAAGAUUUUAAGGGAUCAUAACCCCUCACCCACCUAAAUAAACAACCAUAAAGUGAUCCAGAUUAACCCUAAAUAAAGUUCUGAUAUUCUCGUAGUCUAUUCCUGACAUUUUUGCCUUCCUAUCAUCGUCUGAAGAAGACCAAGGAUGAACUUUCUGGCCAUGAUUGCCGCGUUGAGUGCAAACACAUGCAAGGCGUACCUUCACUGAAGCAUGGCGCGAUCUGGUGCACACCACGGUCAGCCUUCGCGACGCUAAGCUGUCGGCGAGGAAGCCCGAACGACACCGUCAAGCUGAUGUCUCGCCCGAGCCGCCGUACAUGACCGUGCUGCCCCGUCAGCUGGACUCUGGCGAUCAUAUCCUCAGUACAGGUCAAAUGUUACCAGCUGGUAUCAGAAACAAAAUCUGCUAAGCCUCGUGUUAGCUUGGUUUCUCAAAAUGUGUUGUUACAGUGAACUACAAAAAAAAACUGGUGCCGAGACUUAAGAGUGCCCCAACUGGCAAGCUUUUUGGAGUAACAAGGCAACAAUUUGAGUGCCAAGUGCUGGUUGAUGGCAGCAAACUUCACAACAAGUAGCAGCUUCGCAGCUCGUUGUGUGACACAAACCACAUUCAUUCAUAAGGAUAGCUAAAUGCUAACACACAAUACAAAAUCCCAUAGACUGGCUAAUAAAACUAGCAUCCAUAUUGGAGUGUUUCACAGAUGGUUCGAACACGCAUGGUGAAGCAACACAUUUGAACCAGCAGGCGUGUGUUCUGUAUCAUUUACAAAAUAUGAUUUCCAUAAUUGUGAUGUCAUCUCAGGGAGGAAAAAGAUCGGCAUUGCUUUGUUCCACCACUCGACACAGACCGAUGACGAAGGACCGCCUCCGCCUCCCUACGCUGAUGAAGAUUCAUAUCGGAGGUUUGUCGUUUCACCAACAAAUUGAGAUCAUCCUCAGGAAUUUUGUCAGAUUUUUUUUCAGUGUUGUUGGUUAUUCCAUAUUUUGGGGCUAUUUUUGUCUACAUUUGGCAUGUUGUCGUUUUUUGACAGAUUUUUCCCUUUUUUUUCCCCUUGUUGUUUUUGUGUCCGCUUUAUACCUGUUUCAGGUAUGAAAUUUGGUCUUAUUUAUUUUUUGCUCAAUUUUAAAUCACAUUUUGUGGUCAUCGUUUUUUUUGUCCAACUUUAUCCAUUUUUGUCUUGAUUUUGCACAUAGAUGAAUGUUGAUAGAACCUUUUUUUUUUCCUAUAACGUGUCAUGUUGAUCACCGGUAGGCUAGUCGCACUUCAGGAAGAGCUGGUCACACUCAAAUCGGAACUGGAUUUCUCUCACGAGCGCACGAAAGCCGUCACCGGCCAAUUGGUGGAAGUGCAGGAGGCCAAGCGGGCGCUGGAGCGGACACUGGAGGAGCUGCGGCGGGCGCGUAACGACGAUGAGGCGGCCGAGCUGGGCUCCCGCAACGAGGACGGCGCCGUGUCUCAGAUGGUGGCGGUGAAGGAGCGCGUGCUCAGCAUGGCCUACAGGAAGCUGUCCGACUCAAAGGAGGUCAUCCUGGCUCAACAGGAAGUCAUCCAAAACUUGGAGGAGAACCUUUACCAAAUAAAAGCGGAGGUUUGCGAGCAAAGUCAUCUUCGGGAGCAGCUGGCAGAGGCGAGAGGACGCAAUGACAAACUGGAGGGAUUGGUCGCAUUCUUGGAGGCAGAGAAGAGCGCGCUGCAGGACAAAGUGGACAAGAUGAUAGCCAACGAUCGAGACCUGGUCCUGGGCUUGGAUUUGCCGCGGGCCACCAUCGGCAGCGGCGGCGGCCCGCCAAGGCGCUGCCUGGCAGAUGUCAUCACGAGCCUGGAGGAGGAACGCGAUCGUUACCGCCGUGAGGCCCAGCGAUACAAAAGCCUCCUCGGAACCACGGCGCCCGCAGCAGCCACGGCAAACAGUCCCACGCAAGCCAGGAGGAGCAAGUUCGUACUGGCCGCCACGUUUCAGGGCAAUGUCGCAUGAGGCAAGUAGACGCUGACGUUGACAACAACCCAGUCAGCAAAGGCAUCUGGCCCGGAUUCGGCAUGAAGCUGGCACAGCUGGCCUUGAGUCGAAACUGGCAUAA